UAAAAUAAUAGUGUAAACAUUAAAGUUGACUAGGACUGAAAUUAAUCUUGAGAAUCGAGCUUAACACAAAUGUCAGGGCCUUACUGUACCUUUAUGUUUCGGUGCCGUUCAGCCAUUACUGAAGUGAUGAAACAGGCUGUGUUUUCUGAGAUGUUGCAGGUGCCAGUGCAGGUUGUGUGUGAUGUGAACGUCGGAGGGCCUGUCAUGGUGCUGAACCACUGCAGUCCGGAUCAGAUUCCUCACUCGAUGAUGUCGGAUCUGAACGCAGAGUCUGUGUCUAUGCCAGCCCAGAGCUUCUUUUCUGAACACCACUCACCCCAUGAACCAGGAUCAGACAUUGGACACAUAGAGAUGAUCGUGUCCGCUGAAGCUCCUCAGACCCACAGCACAUCUGCAGAAGUCACAGUCAGCCUCUCACCAGAACAUUAUGUCUCACAGUUCAAUCAGACACUUUACCCCACUCAGGCCUUCGAACAUGAAGAAGUUGUUCAGACCAAAGGAUGUGAAAGUGUGAAAUGGGAAAAAUCAAAGCGGCCUUGCAACUGCACAAAAUCUCAGUGUCUGAAACUUUAUUGUGAAUGUUUUGCCAAUGGAGAGUUCUGCAGCAGCUGUAAAUGCACAAACUGCUUUAAUAACACUGAACACGUCUUCGAGAGAUCCCAGGCUGUAAAGGCUUGUCUGGACAGGAAUCCAGGGGCUUUUCGGCCUAAAAUUGGCAGCAGGAAACAGGGGAAUGUGAAAGGAUGUCACACAAAAGGCUGUAACUGCAAACGUUCGGGCUGCUUAAAGAACUACUGCGAGUGUUAUGAGGCCAAAAUCAUGUGCACAUCCACCUGUAAGUGUGUGGGCUGUAGAAACUAUGAUGAAGGCUGUGAUAUGAAGAAGAGCUCUGAGCAGGACAGGCAUGACAUCUACUUCCCCACCAGGUGUCCUGUAUCGGUCAUCACGCGCGAUGUAGUGGAAGCCACAUGCGGCUGUCUGCUCGCCCAGGCUGAGGAGGCCCAGAAGGACGGCCACAUCGCGGCUCACGCUGAGAGAAUGAUUUUGGAGGAGUUCGGCCAGUGCCUGACGCAGAUCGUCCGCUCAAUAUUCAAAUCCAGCCGCGUGCAAUUCAAUCUGUAGUUCAGGAACAAAUGCUCGCUGGCACACAUUGAUCCAGGUGGGAUUUUUAAUCAGCUUUUUCAACAGGUGGUUCUGCUUUGGUGUGCUUGAAACGGUACGAGACGCUUGUAAAGAUUUGCGUACACACUGUGUAACAGAUAAGUUAUUUAAAUAUGAAUGAUAUAUUGCUUUUGAACUAUUAUUUCGAAUAUAUAUGUUGUGUACCUUUAUUUCUGUUGAUUUAGACCACUUUU